AUGACGAUUUCUAAUGCAAAAGAUCGAGAACUUCUGAAGAUACGAAAAAGGAAGGAUAUCGUCACCCUGCCCGCCGACAAGGGGCGCUCGACUGUCGUCAUGGAUAAGGCUGAGUACUGCACAAAACUAGGCAACCUCUUGAUGGACAAGGAAGCUUAUGUGCCAUCGACCGUCAGCGAGUUUAAAAAGCUCGUAAACAGCAUAAACAAUACGAUCGGCAAGCUGAGGAAGGCGGGAGCUCUUACGAGAAGGGAGGCGUUGGCCGCAAAAGCCAGUGAUACCGCGAUGGCGCGCUUCUAUGGCCUACCAAAUGUCCACAAGCAGGGGGUACCGUUACGCCCCAUCGUCUCCUUAUGUGGUACUCCAACCGUUGGGCUGUCAAAGUGGCUGUACCAGCGACUUUGUUUCCUUGCCAAGGAUUCGCAGUGGACAGUGAAGUCAACUGAAGAGUUCUUGACGCGCAUCAAACAUCUCGAAGUGGAGGCAGAUGAGGUGAUGGUGUCAUUUGACGUGAUCUCAUUAUUCACCUCCAUCCCACCCGCGCUGGCUGUCGACACUAUUGAUGGGUUUCUCCGGGAAAAGUAUGAUGAAACCGACCAACAGCUCAAACGAGCACACAUCAUCGAGCUCCUAGAACUGUGUCUUAAGACCUUCUUUACAUUCAACGGCCAAGUCUACGAGCAAAAGAAGGGGACACCAAUGGGCUCGCCUCUGUCUGGACUAGUUGCCGAAGCAGUUUUGCAGAGACUCGAGCAGCAGGUCUUCAGCUCGUACCCCCCGAAGUUCUGGGCCAGAUACGUCGACGACACGUUCGUUGUAAUCAAGAGAAGCGAGGUGAAGGCUUUCAAGGCAUUGUUGAACUCCAUCUUUCCCGAAAUUCAGUUUACUAUGGAAGAGGAAGUCAACAAUCAGUUGCCCUUCCUGGACGUACAAGUUACGAGAUUGACAGACGGGAAGAUAAGGACAACGGUUUACCGCAAGGCAACUAAAAACCAGGCGCAUCCUCCACUUCCGAAGCAACCACACUGUUGGUCAUAA